AUGAAUGUUAAUCCAAGUAGAAAACGGAAACUUUCGGUUACUUCUAAAUACGCGCCAUCAUCGUGUGGCCUGCAAGAUGAAAACGAUUGCGUGCCUGGCAAAGCCAGAAAACUCGCAGCACCAUCAAAGGUUAGUGUCUCACUUUGCUUAACGUUUUGAAUCAUUUUUCUUUGGUUAUAUCUCAGUGUGUUUGUACUGAAUUUAACAAGAGUGAUACAAUUUACUUGUUUCUAGAAAUUUCAGCCAAGUGCAAUUGAGAAGUCCACCGCGGACACGGUUUCAAAAAGGUUAGUGGUUUGGAAUUUUCAACUUUUGAUGACUGCGAAAUUAACUUUGAAUGGCGUGUUAAUUUUUUUUUAUCAUUUUUUUUCUUUCUCUUAGCCUUAAAAGAGCCCACAGCGAGACUGAAUUAGACACAGAGACACCACGGAAAAAGAUCUUUUUAUCCGCACCUAAAGUAAGUUUUUUUAUAUACUUCAAGCGCACGGAAGGGUCCAAAAGUCAGACAUUUUAAAAUUGAAACUCAGCUUAAUUAUUGAUCAUUUCCUGUUUCCAUCCUAUGUGAAGUUCAGUUAUAGGCAGAUUUAUUAACAAAAUGCAUAAUGUGGCCAUGAAAGAUUUAAUUUGAGUCCGUGACUUACAGAAACAUUAGCGCACUCAAUAAUUAAAAACUUUGACGCCUGCAUGUGUUGUCGCCUAGGAAACCAAUUUGACUUCAAUCAUAAGUAACCAUAGUUACGUAAAUGAUCCUGUUCGUUAUUGAACGCAGGAGGAAAAAGUAUAUAAUAGCCGUUGCUCCAGGGAAGUCAGAAAAAUCUUUUAAAGUAUUCUUGCUUCCUGGAAAACUCCGAAACAAAGCCUUUUCUAUAGUUUAGUUACAAUACGGAAAAAAAUUCUUAUGAUGUUUUCUGGCGUAGCAAGACCCUUUACAAUAACGAUAAAAAAUUAUCCCUAGGAAAAGAAAGAGGUUGCUGAUGACAAGAAAGGAAAUUCAGUCCCUGGAACUAGUGGAACGCAUCAAGUGGCGACUGGCAACAAAGGAAAUCGCCACAAAAAGACGCGAAGAGGUACUGACAUAUAUACUAUUAAAUUAUUUAAGAGGAGUGUGGAAAAGCGAGGUCCCUUCGCGUCUAACCAAUGAAUUUUUUGACUUUUCAGGAAAGCGGAAACCCAAAGGUCUUGCGGCUUACGAGAUGGGAGGAUGUCUCGGUGCUGGAGGAUUUGGACAAGUUUUCUCUGCUACGAGAAAGCGAGAUAAGCUACCGGUAAGCAAAGAAUUAUCUUUAACACUACUUGGACAAUUACAAAAAAAUUUAUCAAAAACAAAAAACGUAUAAAACAAAACAAAACAAACAAACAAAAUCAAAGAACGCUAUUACUCUCAAAGUCGAUUAUAGCGGAGAAAUAUGAGUUUUAAGUGAGGCGAGUCUGUGGAUAUGAAUUUUUUCUACUCGUUUUGAUGGUAAUUCACAGAACGUAAUCUGGGAUUCUUUGUUACGGAGUUGAUCUUGACCACCUUUAGGAAAGUAAAGAUGUUCGGCAAAAUAACUCGUUCGACAAAAGCAAAUGCUACGUGAGCAGACGCUCUUCUAGUUUUAUACUCUUUGUUUCAUAGGAUACGUGACGCAUAAUCUUUUGAGAUUUCCGACUACACCCAUUGUAUAUCUUUACGGUGUGGAUUCCGUGUAUUGUAUUGCGCAUGAUCACAAAAACAUUCUGCAUAGUAGGAUGACUCUCGGCUCCUCUGUCAUCAUGUGCUUAACAGAGAAAAUGGCUGUUGCUUUCAUGAUCGAAGAUGACGACAAGCGACAAGUUAGUAAGCACCGUCAGAUUUAUUUUGUUUUGUCUAAUUUCAUAAAGGUGGCUAUCAAAUUUGUCAAGAAGGAUAGGGUCAGGAAUUUCAAAGAGGUAAGUUUUAAGAUUUAGCCAUGAUUCAGGAACGCUGAUUUUCACUCACAAAAGUUCUUGCGGUCACCGGAAAUCAUUUAAUUUCCUCGGUUUCGUUUAGAAAAUUUGUUUGUUAAGAUCAUUAUUGAAACAGUUCAUUUAAUCUUUCACACUUUUCUUAUCCGAAAUUAAUAUCUUAUCUACUUAUCUAGCCGCGUUUUUGGAAAACGAACCUAAUGAAAUUUCAGCCAGUUGAGUGAAAAAGGGCCAAAAAGCAGGGUAUUUUCCGCCCGAAAAGCUCCAAAGGAAAAGGAAAUCGGGGAAAAGAAAGAGCCAGGAGGAAGAAAGGAGAACAGAAAAAAGCAAUGGCUGCACUCUUAGUUUUUAGCUGGCUACUUUGGAGAUUUUGGCCGUAAAAUAGCUGUUUUGUGGAAGAGGUUUAUUUGGCGGUUACGUUUUCAAAAAUCCGGUUGAGUAUAUAAGUGAAUCAAUAGAAGGAGAUGCAGGCCAGCAAUGAACAGUUUUCGUAUGGACCCAAAUACGACGGGGAAUAUCUAUUGAAUCCCUGCUUUAACGCCCAUCCGGUAUGAGACGGCUACACCGCGUUGGCUAUCUGUCAUUUCAUAUCUAAAUAGUACGAGUGAUCUAUUUUAUUUAAUGUUUUUUAUUUGUAUUUCCCGGCAUUAUAUAAUCAGGCCCAAAUAUCAUGGCGAUUCCACUAAGCUUUUCAAAAUUAACUCUUAAGCUGCUCCAUAUACAAUGUUUUUAGUACAGUAUAGAGCGGUUUUCACUUGACUGUCGAAAGUAAUUGGUUUUGGUUUUGGUUUUGGUCUUACUACGCCCUUUGGUUGGCUAGUGUAUUUACUUUGGUUUUGGUUUUACGACAGUCAAGUGAAAACCGCUCUAUUACUGAAUCAUCAUUUUUAUGGUCAUACUUAGUGGAAGAGGCUAAACUGAUUAUGAAAGGCGGCGAACAUCAUGGAUAAAUCAACAGUACUGCAGUUUACGUUGGAAACUCCCUAACGGUGCCUGAGCCUUUGUUUUCUGCAUCACAAAUUGUACCUGAAAAAAAUAAGGCGACGUUUUUAUUGAACAAUAAGAUCAAAAUGUCAGGAAAGCUAUUGAGAAUGCUAGAGAAUGGAAACAGACUUACUUAGAUCUUUCUCCCUCUGUAGAUCAAUGGCAAGCAGUUCCCCGUUGAAGCUUACUACCAACGCCACAUUUGUCAUCCAAACAUCAUUCAGCUCUUGGACGUUUUCACCCACAAAGAAAAUUUCGUUUAUGUGCUCGAACGUCCCGAAGAUUCUUCGGACCUGUUUGACAUCAUGGACGUCGAUGACGGGAUGACCGAAGACGAUGGAAGACGAUUUUUUACGCAGAUUCUUGAUGCCACUAUUCAGUGCGAGGAACAAGGUAUCUUGCACAGAGAUAUCAAGCCUGAAAAUAUUAUUGUUGAUUUGACCAACAUGGAUGCAAAGCUGACUGAUUUUGGAUUGGCUUGUGAAACCCAAGAAGAACCUUUCAGGCGUUUUGUAGGUAAGAGUUGGAAACAAAAAAAAUAGACCAGUCAGUUCACUGUUCAAUAUAUAUUGUCUGUGUCAUCGUCUGGCACGAUUGUUUCAAACGAGAUCAAUUGACUUAUCCAAGCCUUUGUGCAACAGCAUCACGCAGAUAGAUUAAAAUAUACAAGAGAGAAGCUUUCUCACCAUAUCUUCUUACUAACAGCUAGUACAGAAUAUGUACUAACGUGAGUGUGGGAGUGCUCCAGAGAUAACGAAUAACAUUUGAGUUCUGGAUCCUAACCAACGUAAAACAAACUUUAUUGAAACACUGAAACCGAUGAUUAAUUUUGUUCAUUGCGCAAAUAGCUGAAUAAAGUGACCUCACUCUUUCUCUCGAUGGUUCCUAUGAGCUCAUGCACCUGAUAAUAGCCUAUCUGGCUCUUAAUCGGACAUCACUGUCCAAGAAUAACGUCAUGGUCUUUUUUUGUUUCUACUGCAAACGUAUGAACACUCAUGAAGGUUGAGAACAAGGCUGAUAUAUUCUCAAUUUCAACUUUACAGGAACUCAUCACUACUGUCCUCCAGAGUUCUUUUCGCAUCACUGUUUCCUUGGUAACCAAGCCACUGUUUGGCAACUGGGCUUCUUGCUGAACGAGAUGCUGUCCGGAGAGAUGCCUUAUGUCAAGCCUCGUAUGGCCCUAUACAUGCCUCCUUCGGUUCCUAAAUACCUGUCAAAAGGUAAGAACGUUUUUAGCAUUGCCAGAAAUUAGGGACAAGAUGGCGGUUGCGCGUGCGCACUAAGGCCACAAUGGCUGCGAAUUCGUAUAAGAAAAUGUAUGGAGAUAACGAAACUUUUUCAAAUAUAUCGAUUAUAAGCUCACGGGUGUUCGGUGCCCGACUCGAAACAUGUUAAGUGCUGUGUAACCCUCGCAUCUGGGUUAAAAAUAGCUAAUUAGAAGUAGGUUUACUUACUUCCUGAUGUGGCCACUUUUAUUCCUUGUUGUACGCUCCAUUUCUCCAUACAUUGUCUUAAAAUCUUGCCGAAGUCAUGCGAAAUACUCGUCGAUUAGAGGAUAAACCCUUCACUGAAGUAAAUUUGCCCGACUCGAUAUCACUUCUGCGAUGGAAGAUGUUUCCAAAACAGUCGUUAAAGGACGAUUUUGCACUGCAAAAUACUUCCAAAGGCGCAUUAUUUCCCUCAGUUUUCCAUCUGUAGUCCAGUAAUGGACGCCAUGGUUGCGAAUGACACAUUUCGGUCGGACAAAGCUUCACAACUCCAAACCUCACCGAAUCGCCAUUUUGUUUGUUGCUACAACUCCAGAGAUGCUUCACGGGAUAUAAACUAGGUUCCAGGCAUUCAAAAAUCCUCUAUUAGCCUACCAGGCUUGGUUUUAAAACAAAAUUGUCACGAAAAUGUCACGAAAGGUACAUCCGCGUACUGUUUUGUUGCUAUCAGCCGCUCGGCCGCGUAUAAACCUAACAUUUUCUUGCAAGGUGUUAAAUUCCAGCUUUUUUCUUCGUAAAACAGAUCCACAGAGCUCAAAUUAUUUAAAAAAUCGCAAGGGAUACGCUUUCCCUGACUACGAUAGUUUUUGUCCGCCAUUUUAAAAACGAGAUUCCGCUGACAAUUGAUCACGGGCGCGAAAUGUCCACGAUUUCUGGCAAUGGUACCGCGCAGUUUACGGUGCUUUGUUUUCCAUCAGGCGACUCUCACAAUAAAACAAAACUUGAGCGCGGCUAGCUAACUUAUUUUAAUAGUCCAACUAGAGUGUCAACAGGCUCUCUUAAGAGGCAUGAGGCACUCUCAUAUGAAAGAAGCGGAUAUGAUCCUCGGAAAACUGAAAUUGAACCCGAAAGGCGACCAGUUUGGACAUGGCUCUGGCUUUGUUUGACACCUGUGAGACCAAACUUCAACACAGUCCCGUCUGACAGCAUUUGUUUCUUUUUAUAAAGAACUUCUUAUGCGUGAAACCACAAGCGAUACCUUAAAGAUUUGUAAAAAUGUUGACCUUCCAACCUAAACACCCAAACUGAGACCAAAAUUUGUAGUUUCUUACCCUAAGCAAGAUGAAAAGCAUCCCCAUCAUGGGAGUUCUUGCCUCUCUCUCCCCGAAUUAAGGAUUAAGACUAAGAGAAGCUAGAAUCGAAAGCCCACAAGUAGCUUCUACCAAAGAUGUGUUACGAUUGAAAAGCGUGUAGAUAAAAAUUAGGCUGUUACGUGCGAAUCAUUAAUUAGAUUAGCAUUAGAUUCGAUCUCAGUAUAAGAUUCUUUUCUGAUUGGAUGAAAGUAUAACACAAGCUAUUUUGACCCAUCACAAGAAAUCGUGAAAGGUUAUACUUGCUUUAUACUUUUAGGUACAAAGUCUUUAAGUACAAAGUCUUUUCUGAACCGUGCCGUGCUAUAUGGAAUAGGCUUUAGUCGCAGAAAACUGAGGCAUAAUUAUUUGUCAUAAUAAGUGUUUCGCCCCAUUUAACGGAAUGCGGCUUUCGGAAUCCGGAAAAAUUUUGCUAUUGGAAUCUGGAAUCCUGAGCUUUGGAAUCCGGAACAUAGCUCAAGGAUUCCGGAAUUAGUAAUCCUACUAACCACUAAAAUCCAGAAUCCAAGUUCCUUUGGGAAAUAUUGGAACCCAGUACCUGGAAUCAGGAAUACACGGCGCCGUGGAAUCUAGAAUACAGGGCCGGGUUGUUCAAAGCCGGUUUAAAAUAACCCAGGGUUAGUCUGAAAUUUGAGUUCAGAUAUGAAGGCUUAAAUAUCAAAUUCAUUUUAAAUCUCUUUGUCUAUAAUUUUUUGAGAGCAUGCUAUAAAUUGAAUAGAGAAAGUUAUCGGAGAAAUUGCUUUUUUGAACAAAAGAGAAAGAAACACGGAUAGAAAUUUAAUCCAAGAUUUGCGCUAAUAGGCCUUCAAACAACUGGGCCCAAGACUGCCUUGGAUUCUCUUACAUGCAGGCGAAAUGUUUAAGUGUGCCUCAUUUGCUUUUUUAUAAACCCAUAAGUUAUACUUGCAAAACCUGAAAGAAAAGAAAACCGAUUAUUUACUAUCCUUUGUUUUCAGAGGCUCGCUCUUUGAUUUCAUGGAUGCUUUCCAGGGAUCCAGAUCAGCGACCAACUUUGCAACAAAUUAGAAACCAUUCCUGGAUUAAUAAGUAA